AUGGAAUCGGCCAAUCAAAUACCGGUAACGUGGGCCGUCAAGCGCGUCCCGGAGGCUGGCCCGAACAAUGCCAAGAAGAGCGGCCGCCGCCCAGCGCAGCGUGCAUCGCUUCGUCCUGGUCACAAUCAAUCGGCAGUCCAAGAUUCUCUGCAUUCUGAACAUUCCCAGAGCGAUCCCGCAGGCCUUCCACACUCGUUAAGGCAGGGUGCAGCUCGCGGCACACGGAGUGCUAAUCGUCAGGAAAUUGUGUCCAAGUUUGCGUGGGACGCCCUCGAGAUUGAGAAGCAGCGGUCUCCAGAGGGGGCCUCGACGGCCGCCGGAAACAGUAAUCCAGGCUCCUGGCCGAAGGUGGUCGUUCAAGUGCCCAAGCCUCCUCCCAAGAAAAUGUCUCGGAAUCGCCCUAGGGCCCCCCCUACAGUUAGGGACAAUGGCCUUGCCGCGAACGAGGAGACUGAUAUGUGGAAUAAGAUCCUCCAGGACCUGCGCAAGGCCAAGGAAAAGAAUGACAAGCAGAAAGCAUUAUCGGAGCAAAUAGCGGCUUUGAAUGAGAAGAUUGGCAAAGAGGGCGGAAAACCCACUCUCAGUGAGCACAAUCAACUAGAUAGCCUCUACCGUCAAAUGCUCAAGCUAUGCGAAGAAGAGAGAGCUAUCCUGCAAGAUGAACCAAGCGAUGUCAUCAAGAACCUUGGUCUACUCACUGCCCUACGCCAGGCAUCAGAGGCAGAGGCCCCCAUGAGUCGUGCAGCUUCUUUGUCCAAGAACCGAAAAAAGCGAAACGACAUUGAUGGAUCUGCUACCGACUCACCAGGGCCUUCAGGCGGUCCUUCGGACAAAGGCGGCCGCUCCAAGGGGAGUACCCAGCGCAGCACAAGCGUGUCUAGCACUCAGAUUCGUGACAAUGUGCAGGUCAAGAUAGAAGAAGGGGCCGAGAGUUCCAAAGCUACACCUGCUGAGCGUAAUGGACAGCUAACUGUGGGCGCCGAAGUCGUUUUCAAGCACAACAAGAAUAAACAAGGCGUUGAAGGCGAGGGUAUCCAGUGUAUCAUUAAGGGGAUAACAGGUGAGGGAACCAAGAAAAGAUACGACGUCCAGGACCCGGAACCCAACGAGAACGGCGAACAGGGAGCUGUCUACAAGACCACGGCGGUGUCCUUGAUUCCAAUCCCGCCUGAAGGGUCUACGCUGCCCUCGUUUCCAGUUGGAAAGCAAGUCCUUGCACGAUACCCUGAUACGACCACAUUUUAUCGUGCGGAGGUCAUGGGUUCGAAGAAAGACCAUUAUCGCCUCAAGUUCGAAGGCGAGGAGGACGACAAGGAGAUGGAAGUACACCGUCGCUUCGUCCUGGACAUAGGAGGCAAGUGA